AUGGCAGUGGGUGCUUUUCUGUUUGGAACUAUAUCAGACGUUGCAGGCCGUAAAAAAAUGAUCCCGAUUACUAUGGGCAUCAUAUUUUGUGCCUCGGCUUCUCUUUCCUUCGCUCAAGUUAAUUUUUUUAUAAAUUUGUCGGUGUUUAUGUUGGGAAUGGGAAUAGCUGGAAAUAAUAUCGUUCUGAGAAUUUAUCUCGUCGAAUGCCUACCGAUGAGAAAAAGAGGGACUUGUUUAGCAGUAAUCGACAUGUUUUGGGUAGUCGGCUAUUUAUCAGCCAUAGGUGUUUCCUGGUCCAUAAUGCCAUCCAUUAUACGUAUGCUGGGCAAACAAUUCCGGCCUAGUUCCUGGCGAGUAUUCGCUAUUAUCUGCGGUACACCGAGUUUGGUGAUCGCUUGCACCUCAGGUCUCCUACCACCGAGUCCUCGGUAUUUGUUGCUCCGUCGACGGCCGAGACAAGCACUCGCGGUGCUCCAACAGAUGUACGCCAUUAAUAAUUUGAAACACGCCGAUACCUACCCGAUCAGGAAUUUAGAAGACUGCGUGCGUCCUGACGACGAGGAUGAAGCUGGCAGUAUUCAAAGAUACUUCACGAAAACCUGGGAACGGAUCAACAGAAUACACAAGUCUCCGUAUAAACGUAUGACAUUGUGCGGAAUAUUAGCGUGUCUUCUGCAUUUUCCCGGAUUCGUUUGGCUCGCUUUGUGGAACACGCACGUUCUUCAGGAAAUGAAAGAACACUACGUCGUAAGCGGCACAUGUAACAUCGACGUCCAGAACAUGGUAUUGGAUUUUUUGCAAAACUGCGAUAAGGUGAAUGAAGCUCGUUUCGAACUGCUAUUGCUGGUAUCACUAGGCUACGUGCUAGGAGAGACGUUGCUUAUCGUUGGAAUCGAUGUCGUUGGCAGACGGCCGUAUUUAAUAUUUUCGGGACUGGCGGGUGGUCUGGCUUCGCUCGUGCUUAUUUUUCGGUUGCACCACGCAAUUCGUGUAACUCUGUCGUCGAUUUUCCUGGCCGCUUACGCUAUCGGGCGCACGACGACGUGCGUUUUACUGCUGGAAAAUUAUCCCACCGCUCUGAGGUGCGGCGAUCGUGAUGCUACUAUUCCAAUCUAUUCAAUGGCGAAGGAUAAUGCCCGCCCGGCCGAGGAAUCCGGCGCGUUCGAAGCCGAGAGGAAGUUCGACAGGUCGGGCCCGAGCCGCUCGCGAGAUCAAAGGGGAGCUGGCAGGGUCAAGGACAAGCCCGAGGAGGGUCGACUUCCGACCCCACCCCCGGAUCCGCAGUGCCCGCCGGUUGCCCUCGUACGAGAUCAUCCCUCGGAGGUGACGUCUCGCGGGCCCGAGGAGGAAGAGGAGGAUCUCGCGGCUUAUCUCGGCGAGCUCGGCGCGUCGUCGUUCGAGGGUCACUCGUUCGAUUACGACACCACGCCAAACUCGGCGACCUCGGCGAUGGGUGGCGACGCGACCCUCUUCACCGAGGAGGCGUUCGAACACCUGGACCGACUGUGCACGCUGACGGAGCAGAUCCUGGAGCUGCGUACUCGCAGCUCCGAGUACUUCCGGCGCGUGCGGGGUCUGGAACGCGCGAAGGUUCAACGAAAUGCUAAUCGGCGGCUGGAGAUCGCUCUGGCGAACGGUGAGGAGUUGCAUCAUGAUUUCGUCGACGAAGAUACCGGCUUCGCGGAAUCGCUGUUGGACGCGAUGCUGUCGAAUAGCCGAGAUGCCGUGUCAUCGACUCCGAGAAGGAACGAACGUUCGAGCGUACGAUCAUCCGCUUUAUCGAGACAGCGAAGCCGAUCUCUCGCGCUGACCGAGCAAAAUCUCGGAUCGCGUCUGGUCGAGCAGAUAGGUGAGGUGGACAAAAGUCCUGCGAGGAACGCGGGUCGCAACAGCGGCCCGAAAGUCAGUAAGUGGACCAGGGUGAAGGCGGCCUUCAAAUGGGAGCGUGCGUGUACGAACGAUCUCGCGGACAUCGCGGAAUCGGACCCACCAACGACUACAUCGUCAACACCGACAACGAGGUAUCUCCGAAUUCCAGAUGCGAACAUCGCCGGAAGCUGGAGCACCGGAUCGGCGCUGUCGCCCUGCACCAGUGAAGUCUCCAGCCCAUCUACGCCGAUCGGCAGAGUAUCGUCCGCUUCGUCGUCCAAUGACGAUGUAUUCGACGAUUCGCGCAAAAAUAUCGUGAACUAUCCGGACCGACAAUCGCCUUUCGUGAAGGAUGAUAGAAAAAAGGAAGAUUCAGAUCGGUACAAUCGAUCGCUCGAUCGCGACACUUCCGUCACGGAGAGCGCCGAUUCCAUAGAAUCUCCUGAGGUUAAUCGCGGUAAACCACUGAUUCGCAUUAUAUCGGAUGCGGAUGCGACAAUAAUGUAUGCUGCAAGCGGAAGCGGGAAAGAUCCGGAGGUGUCGCCGAAGCGGCCGACACCGACUCUGACGAUCACGAUACCAUCAAACGAGGAGGAAAUCAGAAGUUUGUCCUCACCGGAAUCGAUAUCUCCGCUUCCGUCGAGCGCACAGGAUUCCGGUGGGAGCUCGCCGCAACGCCCCAGGAUGCGGCAAGACAUUUUAAGCCUAAGGGAAUUCAAACGACAGUAUUCGACGAUCGAGGAAGCGGUAACGCCAGCGCCAAAGAUACAACAGCAAGAUUCGAAAUGGAACAAGGUCAGACGUGCUUUUCUGACAAAUGCCACUUUCAGCGUUCCUCCAAGCCCGAUUAGAGUGGUCGCGGCGCAAUCGUUUAUGAACGAUGGUACCAACAACAACGGCAACCACUAUCGGGAAGCGCGCAGGGAUUAUCAGGCGCUGCGGGAGAAGUUCGGUGCCGAGUUUCACCGGAAGCUAAUCGAGUGGGAGCGAUUAAAGGGCCCUCAGAACAUUCGCAAUGGCCUGCCGUUGAACGAAGAGCGUCUCGCGCCCGAGUUUAGGAAAAAACUGCAAGACUGGAAACGAGCGAAGAAAGGUCGCCGGUCCAGCGCGGCUAUCGAGCAGCAACGCGUCAGCCGUCGACGGUUGACCGACUGGCAGCUCUGGCGCUCUUCUUCGUCGAAACCCGAGCCCAGAUGUUACGGCAAGAAUCAGAACUCGACCGGCUCGCGCGGAAGCUGCGCGAGUAUCGGCAGCGCGGGGAGCUUCGGCAGUGAUGGAAAGCAAUAUCUUUGCGAGGAUUUUAUCAAGAGGAUGGAGACGUGGAGGAGGAUGAGCGAGGCCUCAUGUCGAAGUGGCGAGAGACCGAAAUCACCGACGACAAAUCGUGUUGCGUCUGACAUUGAUGAAACGGAGUUUCUUGCUUUGGAAAAGUUGCUUCUGCUAUUUGGGCAGAGGACCAAGAAGGAACUUCGAGAGAGCGAUGCGAGGCAACUGAACGAUUGCUUUGAUGCUGAUUCGAGAUUCAUGGCUGCGUCUCGAGGCGUAAACUGUGGUAACGAAGUGUUGAUUCGCACAUCCGUCGGCUCUUACCGUUUCGAGGGUAUAUCUCGAGAAUUUACGAGGAAGCUGUACGACUGGGAGAAAUACCGCGGGAUAUCCCCGAGAUCUUCCACGUUUCGCCUUUUGGGACCGGGCUACACGCCGUUCGCUCAAGAUUCGGACGAAGUUGCAUUAACAGAGCCAAGUACGACAGAUAAGAAUCAUGCAUUCCACUGGACUCUGAAGCGAUCUAAAUCCGAUGGUAGUGUCUUCGAAGGCAGCCUUCGCGACGAAUCGUUCACAUUACGUCGCUCCACGAGUCUCCAAUCUCUUACUUCUGCUGAUAAACUCGAAGACGAUAAUCGAAUAGAUGUCUUACCGGUCUCUAAUAACUCACAGAGGAUCAAAGAUCCGGAAGAUAUAGCGGUAGAGGAUUCCGAGCCAGAGGCGAUGAUUGUCGACAUCGAGGACGUUAUCGAGGAAACCGCCAGUCCCUUGGCAGGAGUACAACCUCAUCAAACGCCAGUGUACUCCGUCGCAGCCAGCGAAACCACCAGCAUCGCCGUUCCUCUUGGCACAGUUACAUCAAGUCACGAGCCUUCUCCGGUGUUCUUGGUCAAGACCGAGGACGAUGAAGACUGCGAACGUUGGAAUAUUGGGAAGAUCGGUCCGCAAACUUGCUCGAGCGAGAACAGUCCGAGUCCAGAGUACUUUCCGGUAUCCGAGGAUUGGUGCCGAAGAACAUCGUUGGAUGACGACAAGUCGAACUGGGAGUCGAGCUGGUGCAAAGAAAGCAGGGAAGACGAUGAUUCUACAGGAUGGACCGAGAAAACACGACGCUCGAUUCCAGAUUCUGGCGAUUCCGUAAAAUCCGACCGUUCGAUUGGAUGGAAUCGAGAUAUUUGGGAUGAAUCGGGCGAUGAAGCGAAUAGAGAUUCGAUGGUAUUCGAAUCACCUUCCACAUCGAUCUGUGAAAAUAAAAAUGAUACAAAAAAAGAAGAUUUUCUCGAAAGUGACAACGCCGGAUCUGUUCAAUUUAAAAAUCUCGAAAUCUCAUCGACGACAUCGAAUGCGGAAGAAUUUAUGGACCCACCGCGUACGUGCAAGGGGAUGGAUGAGACGUGUAAGAAGAAGCUCGAGGAUCUAGCAGAUGAAUCAUUGAACAAUAAGCGGAGGAGCGAUGCGAAGAAUCUCCAAGAUGACAAAGAUGAUGAGAACAUCAAACGAGGAGACACGAUUCUCAGCGCAGAAUUUUGCGCUUAUCAAUUAACAAAAACGAUACCAUCUUCAGUUUGCCCCGAUUCCAAGGAAACUCCACUAAAAUUAUUGAAUUCAAAUUCAGAUGAUAUCAAAGAUACAUCGAAAUGCAAUGGCGUUAAUAGCGAAAGCGAGGCUUCAGCACAUUAUGAGAGUUGCGAUUCAUCCGAGUUGCAGACCGAUGCGGAUCGGCAUUAUGAAAUUCUCACGUUUAAAACCGACACGUGCGGCAAUACAAUGGAUAAUCGCUUGUACGAGCCAGUCGACUAUCACGAAAUUUACAGCUCUCUAUCUGAUGACAGAGGCAACUGCAUAAAAGAUAUUUCUUCAUCAUUGAGAUUACCAGAAAUUAAAAAAUCCAAUCUCUUAGAAACUCCGAGAAAUCUCUUUAGCAAUUCGACCAUUCAGACUAUUCCUAUGACAGUCUCUAGGAACAAUGAGACGCGCAAUUUGGAAAGAAUUCUGAUCAACGAGGGUACUUUGAAUAAGAUAAUUGUUCCUACGGCGUGCACGGAAAGCGGAACGAAAUCUACAGAAAGAAUUCGAGAUCAUUUCGGAAGUGCAAAUCGUCGGAACGACAUCGCGGCUGUUAACAAAAAGAUGAUUUGCGAUCAUCAAGUCGAAUGUGUCAAGAAGGAUGGCUCUUCUACCAGAAAUGUCUUCGUGAAAACAAAGCGCAUGAUCUUCGGCCCGUUCCGUCGAACGUCAGAAGAUCGAUCGUCCUCGAGAAAACAGAGCGAUAGCUCCGUCGAUAGUCGGCUUCCACAUUCGUCAAAAUCCAAGAGCAAGUCGAGAUCAGCGUCGCCAAAAUUGGGCCGACCAGACGCUCUACUGCGCGUAUCAUUAUCGCUGCCGUGGCCACUGCGUUCUACGUCGAAGGAGAGUGAGAUUCCCUCCGAAGCCGGGUCCAGAAGAAGCUCAGGAAGCAAGGCAGGAAAUGCAAGAACAACCCAAGAGAAAAAUUCACCGUACCAGGAGAAUAACAUGGGUAAUAAGAGACUAAACAAAGAACUAAGUAAUAAAGAGCCACCAUUCAUUGAUGAGGAUCAAGAAGAAAUUUAUCAGUCAGACACAGAGUUCGCGACAAUGAACGCAUGCUCGAUCGGGAAUACUUCUGUAUCGGGAAUUUCUGAGCAACUAGAAAAGUCAAAAAUAACAAUGCUCGAACACAAUCAAGGUGCAUGCCAAAUGCAGGGUGAGUUUAAAUACAAUCAGACACACGACUAUAGAAAACGCGAUAAAGUCAAGUGUAGUGAAGUGCAAUUCGAGGGAAAAUGCGACGGGAAAAGAAACCGCAGCCAGAAGCGAGAAGAGGAGUGGCAAGAGGAGAUGAAAUUCGGUCGAAAACAGGACGAAGCGAAGCAGCAAGACGAGAAUCACUUUAGAUGCGACGCGGUACCAUCGGACUUGAUGCACAAGCUCAGGAUACUUUCAGAUGCCGCGGCGAAAAGAGAAGGGCGAACGACGACAGCAGAAUCCUGCGUGGUUAGCAGUUUGGAAUCGCGUUCCUCCAGGAUAAAACGAGCCAAGGAAAGCUUUCUGUCUCGGCGGGGUGGUCCUUUCUGUCGCUCCGUAAUGGAACUAACGGAAGCUGCCGCCAGUCCUGAAGAUCCUUGGAGACGAACAUCGACGACAACAGAAAUAUCGAGGUCGAACGAGACCGCAGUGACUGCUUCGAGCUCGCAAGAGUCGAGAUAUGCGAGAAACGAUACAGAAACGAUGAGGUUGACCGUGGAGAAUGAAACCGUGUCUUUGGGCGAGGACAAGAUCGACGUUCGAGCGGAUUCGCUGGUGAAAUCAGCGAGUGCCGGAAUGAUCAACGUGGAUCCCGACACGUUCGAUCGACUGGUCACGGUCGAUCGUGGAUGCGAGUCUUUGCCGAGGGCCAUUGCGAAACACCGCGACUCCUCGAGCCCGUUGGCGAAGAUUGUCGGGAAGCUAAAGCUUUCGCGAUUAAUUCGUGCCCGAAACGUCGACGGCGGCAACAUGAGCACGAUCACGACAUUGUGCAGGCAGAGUUUGUUGAUCGAUAUGCGAAACGAUCCUAGAAAUCAAAGUAACGAGCGAGAGACUGAGGAUCCAGUCGAGGAGGACACUGAUGACGAACAUUCGGAUGAAUCUUGUAAAACAAUUCACGAAUGAAUUAAUCUAUUUUUCAAUCGAGAUUUAUAUUAUGUAAUAUUCCAGGUGUUUAUAAUUUUUUUAAAA